AUGUCGGUCUCUCCUUUCUUGGUUAGUGCUCCUGGUAAGGUGAUUAUAUACGGAGAACACUCAGCAGUGUAUGGUAAACCAGCGAUUGCAGCCGCACUUAGUUUAAGAGCAUAUUUGUUGGUUACACCAAGUGAAGACCUGAACGUUAUAAGAUUGGAUUUUCCAGAUAUUGAAUUAACACAUUCUUGGAAUAAAGAUGAAAUACCUUGGGAGGAUAUUCGAAAAUAUAUUACGUUUGAAGAUGAAAAGCCUGUUAUAACUGAAGAAUUGGUUCCAGAAAUUAUUGAUUCAUUAAGUACUGUUUUAGGUAAUGUUGACUCUAAAUUGCAUUAUACGGCUUGUUUAUGCUUUCUUUACUUGUAUACAAAUUUAUGUAACAAGGAUAUUCCAGGUAUGAGGUUCAUUGUAAAGUCUACAUUGCCUAUUGGAGCAGGUUUAGGAUCAUCAGCUUGUACAGCCGUAUGUCUUGCAAGCGCGUUAGCUCGUCUUGGUAAACAUGUUUCAGCGGCAUGUCAUACUGCUGCUGAAAAAGUUACCAAGAAAGAAAAUUCUGAUUUAGAUUUUAUCGAUAGUUGGUCUUUAAUGGGAGAAAAAUGUUUCCAUGGUAAUCCUUCAGGAAUCGAUAACGCAGUGGCUACAUACGGUGGUGCAGUCAUGUUUCAAAGAACAACAUUACCAUCUCAACCAUCUGUGCGUACUACUAUGAGAAAUUUCCCACCUAUAAAAUUAUUGCUUACGAAUACCAAAGUUCCAAGAAGUACAGCUGCUUUAGUAGGUAAUGUUGCUCAAGUUAAUAGGGCCUAUCCAAAAUGCGCUGGCUCAAUUUUAGAUGCAAUGGAACAUUUAGUACUUGAGGCAUAUCAAAUAAUGAUUAGACCAACAUUUGGUAAAGAGGAGAAAGACCAAUUGCGUGAACUAGUUAAUAUUAAUCAUGGGUUAUUAGUUGCUUUAGGUGUUUCCCACCCUGCCUUGGAAAAAAUUAAAAUUAUCGGAGAUACUCAUAAUAUAGGUUCUACCAAAUUGACUGGUGCUGGAGGUGGUGGAUGCGCUAUUAGUUUAGUUCACGAUGAUGUGGAAGAAGAAGUUCUUCAAAAGGCAAUCAAAGAGUUUGAAAAUGAAGGAUAUGAAACCUUUGAAACUUCCUUAGGCGGAAAAGGAGUAGGAUGUUUAUCAUUGGAGGAUGUUAGCAAAGACAAAAGAGAAAAUGUAUUUUCAGCUGAAGUGUUUUCAAGUUUUAAAGAUAGAGAUGAAGUUGAAAAGGCUUUAAAGUCUGAGAUUUACGAAUCUUGGAGAUUUUGGUAG